UUCAUAAAAUGGGGCCACAGCACCUUUUCUCCAUUCUAUAAAUUCUCGCCUUCCCACUAGUUUCGCUUCGCCUUCAAACAUCAGCUGACUUCUUCCUGACAUCUGCUGGGAACUCGUUCCACAAUCUUGUCCCUGUAAUCUACCAGUACUAUUAUAGCAAUGCAACCCACUGAGGUUUCUGAGCUCCAUUAUCUAUUUCCUCCAAACCCCACACAGUUUCCUGCCCAUUUUGGCUUGACUAGUAUGAACACACCGGCAUAUCAAUUUAACAGAUUUCCUAAUCCUUUAUAUCAACUCCACAUGACACCCCAAGUUCAAGAAUUCAAUCCUCAGUCAACAUGCUUCAGCAGUAAUUCAACUUCUGAUGAAGCAGAUGAGCAACAAUUGAGCAUAAUAAACGAGAGGAAGCAAAGAAGAAUGAUUUCAAACAGAGAAUCAGCACGGCGAUCACGCAUGCGCAAACAAAAGCACUUGGAUGAGCUUUGGUCACAGGUUGUCUGGCUCCGAAAUGAGAAUCACCAACUUAUAGACAAACUGAACCAUGUGUCAGAGCGUCACGAUCAAGUACUCCAGGAAAAUGCUCAACUCAAAGAAGAAGCUUCAGAGCUUCGUCAAAUGCUUACUGAAAUGCAGCUUAACAGUCCUUACCCUAGCCUGAGAGGCCUUGAUGAUGAUCCCUGCAACAAUUUGGCCUGAACUUCUUGAGUCCCCUGAUUUCUUGCUGAGAUGGAUGCUGUGAUUUUUUCUUCUCUUAAUCACUUUAAUCAAUUGUUACUAUCUCAGUCGAUAAGAACAGACUUUCAUUAUUAUCUGUAUGAGAUAAGAGUAGUGAUGCAAUAAAAACUUCAUUAAAUAAA